AUGGCCCCGGACUGGCAACAGCCCCUUUCUGCGGGGGCAGAAGCACUGAGGUUGGCACCGAGCGGCUUAUCUGCCUCGUCGGGAAACGGCACCCGGUUCGCCUCCAGCGGGGACGACUGCCCGGCGUAUUUCACUGCUUGUUGUUCCUUCGCCUCCCCCCGCCACGGGCCGUUCGACACGUUUAUAAAUGGGCCCGAGUCCCGCGUCUGGACGGUGAUGCUGCUGCUGGGGACGUGCCUGCUGUACUGCGCCCGCGUCACCGUGCCCAUCUGCGCCGUCGCCCUCAGCACCCACUUCGACUGGGACAAGAAGCAGUCCGGCGUUGUGCUCAGCAGCUUCUUCUGGGGCUACUGCUUGACACAGAUUAUUGGAGGACAUAUCAGUGAUCAAAUAGGAGGUGAGAAGGUCCUCCUCCUGUCGGCAUCGGCCUGGGGGUUCCUCACGGUCCUCACCCCGCUGCUCACCCACGUCACGUCUGCCCAUCUCGUUUUCAUGACCUCCUCCAGGUUCCUCAUGGGGCUGCUGCAAGGGGUGUAUUUCCCAUCCCUGGCCAGCCUGCUGUCCCAGAGGGUCCGGGAGAGCGAGCGAGCCUUCACCUACAGCACAGUGGGGACUGGCUCACAGUUUGGGACGCUGGUGAUCGGCGGUGUGGGAUCUCUCCUUCUGGACUGGUAUGGCUGGGAGAGCGUUUUCUACUUCUCCGGUUUGCUCAGUUUGCUGUGGGUUUACUGCACCUGCAAGUACCUCCUGAGUGAGAAAGAACUCAUCAUCCCCAUAGAUUAUUUAAUGAGAGGCCUCUCGAUAUCCAAGCAGACCAAAGUUCCCUGGAAGCAGCUGUUUAAGAAGGCGCCAAUAUGGGCUGUCAUCAUCGCUCAGCUUUGUACGGCCAGCACAUUCUUCACUCUCCUUUCCUGGCUGCCAACUUUCUUUAAGGAAACUUUCCCCGAGUCAAAGGGUUGGGUGUUUAACGUAGUCCCCUGGCUGGUUGCAAUUCCAACAAGCUUGUUCAGUGGAUUUCUGUCUGAUCAUUUAAUCAACCAGGGGUACAAAACCAUCACCAUUCGCAAGUUCAUGCAGGUCGUUGGCUCCGGUGUCUCAAGCCUUUUUGCUUUGUGCCUGGGCCAGACAUCCAGUUUUUGCAAAGCGAUAGUGUUCGCCUCCGCCUCUGUUGGCCUUCAGACCUUUAACCACAGUGGCAUUUCAGUAAACGUGCAGGAUCUGGCCCCCUCGUGCGCUGGCCUGCUGUUCGGUGUUGGGAAUACCGGCGGAGCCCUCCUAGGUGUCGUUUGCGUGUACUUGGCUGGCUACCUGAUCGAAACGACCGGCUCCUGGAUUUCGGUUUUCAACCUGGUGGCUGUUGUUAACAGCAUUGGUCUCUGCGCAUUCCUCGUGUUUGGAGAGGCCCAGAGGAUGGACACAGACUCUGAAUACAUGGACCUGUAG